AUAUGCGCGUAACCGACGUGGCGAAGGCGGUGCUUUUCCCUCCUCACUGCCGUGGAUAAAAAAAAAGUGUCACAGGCGGGAUUCCGUCGCUGUUUUUGAACUAAACUAAUUUUAAAAAUUACGUUUUUGCUCCGCUGCGGUCUGUACAUCCGCGGGAGUUUGCACAAGUGGCGUCUGUGAGGCUUUUUAAAGUGAACCGAGGGCCUGCGUCCCCUCACACUCAGACAGGCUAGCCAUGAAGCUAACGGACAAUGUGCUGCGGAGCUUCAGGGUCGCUAAAGUGUUCCGAGAAAACUCAGACAAAAUUAACUGCUUCGAUUUUAGCUCAAACGGAGAAACUAUCAUUUCCAGCAGCGACGACGACUCGUUAGUGUUGUACGACUGCCAGGAGGGAAAACCCAAGAGGACCCUCUACAGUAAGAAAUAUGGAGUGGAUCUGAUCAGGUACACACAUGCUGCAAACACUGUGGUCUACAGUUCCAACAAAAUCGAUGAUACCAUCCGGUACCUGUCCCUCCAUGAUAACAAAUACAUCCGCUACUUUCCUGGACACAACAAAAGAGUGACGUCUCUCUCCAUGUCUCCUGUGGACGACACAUUUAUUUCUGGCUCAUUAGAUAAAACUAUCAGACUAUGGGAUCUGCGGUCACCUAACUGCCAGGGCCUGAUGCACCUGCAGGGGAAACCAGUUUGCUCCUUCGAUCCAGAGGGCCUCAUUUUUGCUGCUGGAAUAAAUUCAGAGAUGGUUAAACUUUAUGAUCUUCGGUCAUUCGACAAGGGUCCCUUUGCAACCUUCAAGCUUCAGUACGACCGGACAUGUGAGUGGACGGGACUGAAGUUUAGCAACGAUGGAAAACUCAUUCUUCUUUCUACCAACGGUGGAGCUCUUCGCAUCUUAGAUGCUUUUAAGGGUGCUGUGCUACAUUCCUUUGGGGGCUAUAACAACAGUAAAGGUGUAACGUUGGAGGCUUCAUUUACUCCCGAUUCUCAGUUUGUUAUGAUCGGCUCUGAGGACGGGAAGAUCCACGUGUGGAACGCAGAGAGCGGCAUGAAGGUGGCUUUAUUAGACGGGAAGCACACGGGUCCGAUCACCUGCCUGCAGUUCAACCCCAAGUUCAUGACGUUUGCUAGCGCCUGCUCCAACAUGGCGUUCUGGCUCCCCACCAUCGAUGAGUGACGGCAGAACGGUGACGCCGAGGGACCAGCAGGGGGCAGAGCAGUCGCUCCGUGGGGGCAUCACGGGGAGUGUGGAAAAAAUGAAAUUGUAAAUAUGGAGUUCACAGAAAUAGAUCACUUGUCUAUCGUUUUUUAUAUUUUCUAUUUAACAUUAAAUCUUUUCUUUGUAA